AUGGCGCGUUCAGUGACAUCCACCGCUUCUGGAGCAUUCUGUCUUCUAAGCGCCGCAACUUUAGCACAAGCCAUGCUUAGAUCCCACUUUAUGCCCUGGUCAUUUAAAUUUUGCAGCGGAGAAUCUGAUUAUCAUUGGUCGACCACUUUAGUUCUUGUCACACAGACAAUUGCAGUAGGAAUCGGUACUGUUGGUCCAGCUUGUAGAUGGUUCAUCGCCAUCAAUUUCAGUAGCCCAAAAAGGGGAAAUAAAACAGGCAGAAAAUCAUUUAAAGUAGAGAACUACUGGAUCCAGAGCCUAGUGGAGAUGAAAGAGUGCCCAUUUACUUUACUGGGACUUCGUAACAGGCACUGCAGGAAACUUGCCCAUGAUGCAAAAGACCAUUUCUUAAACUUGUGUAUCGGAGUGCAGAUAGGUAUUGUGCUAAUGAGCAAAGGGAUUCAAUUCAUUUCCAUUUUCUUUGUAAGCUGGAUCUUAUCAUGCUGCAACUGCUGCAAAGGUUUAUUGAAGUUUAGAUUCAGGAAUGCUGCAUCAGCUUCGGAAUCACAGCCUAAUUCAAAGCCGGAUCUUAGCCGUUUUGUUUUGCAUCUCGAAGGCGAGGAUGCAAUGGUUGGGAUGGUGAAACGCAAUUGUGACCCUACUGAUUAUUGGUUUCGGAUGGGGGAAAAGAGACGGCCUAAAUACCUCAUAAAACUCUUGGAGAGAUCUUCACAAGAAUUCAAGGGAGUGGUGGAGUUUGACAGUAACCAAGUUCCGUCUUUAGAUUCUGAAGAACCGCCAAAUUGCUGGGCACUUCCUGUGGUGACACUAGCAAGUAUUGCAGUAGUACUUCCUAACGUGAGCCCUAAAUUAAUUGAAGAACUCAUAUGUAGCGUGAAUGAAGGUAUGAUGUAUGUAAGACUAGUUGAAAACAACCUGGACACUAGAAAAGAAUUUAUCAACAUCAGGAGGGCAGCAGAGGGGGUAUGGGUACGAGUGGAACUCUAUCGCAAGUGGUUAGAUGUUGAUCUCCAUAAACUGUCCCUUAAAGCAAAAAGCCCAAGGGAAGCACUUCAAAAGCUCUCAGAUACUGCAAAGAACAAUCUUGUGGAGUUCCACAAAAAUCACACGCCACAAUGUUUAAAGCACGGUCCUUCGAAGUGGCCUAUCAAGGUAUUGGCUGCCAAUUCCAUGUAUAGGAUAACUCAAACUAUGCUGCUAAACAGAAAAAGCGGGGAUGACCAGAUAGGUGAGAAACUAUUUGAAGCAGUAGCUGCCAUGAUCUCUGAUAUACUGGGUGCUUGCCUCACUAACUUGCAACGCUUUAUAUCCGCGAAGAGUUUGAGCAGCUCCAUUGAAAAGAGGGAAGACAGCGUGAGGCAUGCAGUUCACAUUCUUGGUAAAGCUGAAAAGAUUCUUAAACUUCAACAACGCAGAGCACUUCCCGGUUUAGAUCCUCAUCAAAUGACAAGCAUUGAUGAAUGGCGUUCAUUUUACAUGCAGAAGCCCUUGCCCUUCAAUCCCUCUCCAUCAGAGAGUGAGACAGCUUCAAAUUCAAUUGACUUGUACCUAACCAUUGACCAGAAUCAAUAA